UACACGGCGGAGCAAACAGAGAAAGCAAAGAGACGGCAGGAGGAAGAGGAGCGCACAGGCACACCUGGGCUUCUAGCCUUCUAGUCCAACACGAGUCCGCGAGUCUUGACGGGUCGGCACAACAAGUCAAUUCUGGUGUUAGGCAUCGCCGUCAUCGGCACGCUGUCUGGACUAGGCAGAGACGCGCCGUCAGCGUGGCGUCCACUCUUUUUUACCACGUCCCCGUCCCAUCCAGUUCCCGGGAAUCAUUCGGAAUCUGCUGCGAUUUUCCUUUCCUCCUCCGGAUUCCUCGACGGCACCGCUAGCAGCGGCGGCGCGAGGCGGCGCUGACCGGGAGUUGCGAUCUUCGCCGCGGGUCUCGGUCCUGCUGCACUGCAGCCGCCCUCCACUCCUCUCCUCCGGGCAUCUCGCCGGAGCACGCACGGUCCGUCCAACCGCAAAGCGAAGCGCGGCCCCUCCUCCGAUUCUGGGCGGAGAUGGAGGCGGUUCUGCAAGCGGGAGAUGCCGAGGACUGGGUCUACAAAGGAGAGGGCGCGGCGAAUCUUAUCCUCAGCUACACUGGCUCAUCCCCUUCCAUGCUUGGCAAGGUACUGCGGGCCAAGAAGAUCCUAAAUGACAAGGCACAACCAGCACCAAAUUGUGUAGUCUUCUCAAGUUUUGAGCAACUUCUGUGGGGAGAGAUACCAGAAUUGGUUGAGUCUGUUAAACAGGAUUUGUUGCCACAAGCCUAUGCAGUACACGUCAUGAGCCAACAUCUCGGUGCCAAUCACGUUGAUGGUGGGGUUCGUGUCCGUGUGUCUAAGGAUUUCUUGGAGAUCGUUGGAAAGAAUGUGCUCAGUGCCCGUCCUACUUGGCGAGUGAAUGCAAGUGCAAUUGAUACUAGCGCUGAUUCUGCUCUACUAAUAUCCGACCACUCCUUGUUUUCUGGAAAAUCUAGAGGUAGCAGUUGCAUCGCUGUGGAGAUAAAGGCCAAAUGUGGGUUUCUUCCAUCGUCAGAAUAUAUAUCAAAGGAAAACUCUAUUAAAAAACAAGUAACACGAUAUAAGAUGCAUCAACACCUCAAAUUUCAUCAGGGGGAGGUAUCGAAGACAAGUGAGUAUGAUCCUCUUGAUCUAUUUUCUGGAUCAAAAGAAAGAAUACACACGGCCAUCAAGUCAUUUUUCUCGACUCCUCAGAACAAUUUCAGGAUUUUUGUGAAUGGCUCCUUAGUUUUUGGUGGCAUGGGAGGUGGUGCAGAUAAGGUCCAUCCUAAUGAAACAGAAAAGUGUCUUGAAGAUCUGAGCAAGGUUAGUGGUCUUCAGCUUUCUGACUUUAUUGAGCUCCUGUCAGAGGCAAUAUAUAAAUCUGGAGUAUUGGAUAAACUUUUGGCCACUCAAAAACUGGAUGAUCAUGACAUCGAAGGGGCAAUUCAUCUGUAUUACAAUAUCACUUCUCAGCCUUGUUUGGUCUGCAAAAAUAUAAGUGAUGCUGAGCUCUUGCGCAAGUACGCAGUGUUGCAUUCUCUUUCUUUGGACAAGAGCUGUAAGAUUAUCAGGGACUUCCUUAUUUCUGCUACUGCAAAGGACUGUAGCCUAAUGAUGAGCUUUCAGCCAAGAGAGUGUGAAAAAACAGAUUCCGAGUAUGAUUCAGUAUUUCUUGAGUCAGUGAACCGGAUCUAUGAUUACAAGGCGAAUUUUGUUGAUCUGGAUGUGAAACCUCUGGAUAAGAUGGUACAUUAUUUCAAAUUGGACCAAAAGAUAGUCAAUUUCUACACUAAACAUGGGGAGGUUGGGCGAAUUGCAUGUGAUUCUUCAAAGGGGGGUGGCAGCACUGAUAGCACAAAAGUUCAGCCACAACAUUGAGGAGCUCCUUUUUCAAUCCUCAGGAGUGGAAGAUUGCUCCCUGUUGUUUCUUGCGGUUGUUGUAACUUCGGAAGUACGGCUCCAAUGUUGAGGAACUCUUCCCUUUGGUUGGGAAAAAAGUGCAGUGAAGUGGUCGUUGUUGUGUGUUUGUAGCUUUACGAGUACAGCGUACAUACAGGUGGCUUGUCGCAUCAGAAAAUUUAAGAAAACAUCGAGAUGUAUUACAGAAUACUUAUGGCGGUAACCACAUUUGUAAUACUUGCAGUGGUAAUGAGGGCUAAAGUUUGCCUUUAUAUACCCAUGCCAUCAGCCUCCUUCAUCUAAUUUCUCCGGUGCAGCAGUGUUCAGUGAAAUUGGCAUCUGCCCCUUCUGAAUU